AUGAAGCCCUCAACUCUCCUCCCGCUAGCCGCAACCCUCGUCGCCGCGGUCGACAUGGCGCCCUACAAACCCUCCGCCGGCGUCGACGUCGCCUUCGCCGACUUCGUCUCUGAAUACUACCGCACAUCAGAAGACAAAGCCGCCACCACGACCUUCACCAACUUCUGGCCCGCCGACGGCAAGAUGAUCCUCGCGGGACGGACGUUUGAGGGCGCGACGGCCAUGCUGGGCGUCAAACAGUCGCUGCUCCCGCCGAACGGGAACAAGUCGUGGUGGCAUCUGAUCCGCGGGGCGACGGUGGGCGGGGAGACGGAGACGGAUAAGACGUUCGUGGCGGAGAUUGUGGUGCAGACUACCGGGAGCGCGGCGUUUACGGUUCUGAAGGACGCCCAGGGUGCGCCGAGACUAGAGCCGCAUUCGGAGAGUUUGAGUGUGUAUAACCUCACAGUCUCGACCACGGAUUCGCCCACGGAUAUUCCGUGCAGCAGUUCGUAG